AACACCACUCACUUCACACGCCUCAAUCAUUCUGUUUUAUCGACACACAACACAAGUGCCCACUUCGCCAUUCACACCUCAGCCAAAUCUCAGAUCUUCCCACAGAAAAAAGCUCAUCCUUGUGAAAGUUUUCAAGAUACUGCGAUGUCGAAAGCAAUUCUUCUGGUUGCUCUCUGCUUUUUACCGGCUCUAGCCAUGUCGGCUCGUCCGAACAAGAACCCUUUCGUCGUCAGAGGCCGUGUCUAUUGCGAUACUUGCCUCGCUGGUUUCGAAACUUCUGCCUCUACUUUCAUCCCUGGUGCGGUGGUUAGAUUGGAGUGCAAAGACAGGAGAACAAUGGAGUUAACCUACAGGCACGAGGCGAGAACCGACUCAACAGGAUCGUACAAGAUCUUGGUUAGCGAAGACCAUGAGGAUCAGUUCUGUGAUACAAUGUUGGUUAGUAGCUCUCAGUUACGCUGCUCCAACGUCUCACCUGGUCAUAACCGUGCCCGUGUGACCCUCACUCGUUUCAACGGCAUUGCUUCAGACGAACGUUUCGCUAACAACUUGGGCUUCCUAAGGGAUGCAGCAUCACCAGGCUGUGCUGAGAUCAUGAAGCAAUAUCAAGAAAUUGAAGACUAAAAUGCUCAAUCAGUAUGUUUUAUCAGUGUUCCCGCGACAUGUGGGAUUAAAAUUAUAAUUGCAGCUUGUGUUUCGUGCAUUGUAUGGUUUUAUUACUUCCGAAAAAAAAUUAAAAUAUAUAUAAUGAAUCUCAUUGCGGAGGA